UCGCACGGAUCGGAUGUGAAAAGCGGUUGGAAAAUCGCCCUGCGCCUCACGUAUCGUUUCGUUUUGAGUUGGAAAACCCGCGUUGGGAAACACCACAACCUAAGAAACAACAAAAAUAAUCAAAACAAUAUAAUAUACUCAAUAUAUACAGUGUAUGCCGGCGAUUGGUACACAAGUUUAAUGGUGGAAAAUAUAUCUGAAAUCUGAAAGAUCUGAAAGAGAAAAAAUUGUAUGUGCUUGUUUUCGGUUUCGGAUUCACUUCACAUUAUCUAAAAAUAACGGCAAACAAGGAAAAGGAGAAGUGAACAAGUGCAAAAAAUUAUCUCGCUAUAUAUAGGCAUAAAGUGAGCCGCCAUCGCAAUUUUCUUUUCAUACCAAUUAUCGAUCAAAUACAUAAGUAGUGCCGCCAACCUGGAAAGCAUAAAUUUCCUGGAUGGAUUCUCGUCGAGUUUGGUGACCGACCUGGAAUUCGAUUCCUGCUGGGAUAGUCAGAGGUGCCAACAGUCGGAAAACAGAGUGCACCACAAACAAACAAAAGUCACACACCAUCCCCAAACUCAGAUUAUGAAUUAUGCAACAAAGCAACAUCCACAGCAGCAAGUAGCAAACAGCAAACAGCAAAAUAGAGCAACUAGAGCCACAGCACGAACUGCUUAAUGCACACAAGUAGCAACCCCAUAGACUUGACCAAACUCGUUACGGAAAAGUGCCGGAAAACACAGCUGAAAUUUCCCAGGAGUCGGCCAAACGGGGACCAAAAACUCACCGACUCACCAACCCACCAACUCACCAACUCACGAACUCACCAUGGUGGACGACAUCUCGCCGAUGCAUCAUCGGAUGCAAAAGAAGACGCGCAGCGCCUCCAUUUGCGCCACCGGCGCCAGCAUCGAGACGGUCAUCCAUGGGAUGCCCGGCGCCUCCGGCAGUGCCACGCCCGAGGGCGGUACGCCCGGCUACCGGCGACGCCGGCCGGCCACGCGCUCCCAGAGCGCCCGCAUCACCUCCGGCGCCAGAUCGCACACAGAAAAUCGAACGCCUUCCUGGACGUGCCCACCAUGAACAUGCAUCACCUGCGCGUCAACGACGACGACGAGGAUGUGGACAGAUUGCGCACUUUCAGCGCCUCCAAGGGAGGUAUCAUCAAUCGAGGCGACUCCUUCCGUCGCCGGCGCUCGAGGAGCAACAGCCUGGCUCCAUCCAGUCCCAUGCACACACGCAACGGCGUGGGCGGCCUGGGGGGCGUGGCCGGGGGCGGAAGCAGCCUGGGACUGGGCUGCGGCUACAAUGGCGGCAGCAGCAGCAACGGAUUCGGAAACGCCAAUGCCCAGGAGAACCAUCAGCCGGUGGAAUUCUAUCGCGUCGAAAUGCUGGGAUCCGCUGGUGUGGGCAAACAGGCUCUGGUUUCGCAGUUCCGCACCUCGGACUGCAUCAAUGCCUACGAUGGACCUGAAUGCGACGAUGCCGAGCAGAACGUCUCAAUCAUCUUGAAUGGCACCGAAUCGGAACUGAAGUUCCUCACUGGCAACCCAGAGAGCAAGGACGAACUGGAGCAGGCGGAUGCCUUUCUGGUGGUCUACUCCUGCAUUGACAAGGAGUCCUUCACGCGGGCCAAGCAGAUACUAUCGCGACUGCAGGACAUGGACCUGCUGCGCCACCGACCCAUCAUCCUGGUGGCCAACAAAAUUGAUUUGGCCCGCUCACGCGCCGUUUCCGCCCAGGAUGGCAAAUGUCUGGCCUGCACGUUCGGAGCCAAGUUUAUCGAGGUCUCCGUGGGCAUCAAUCACAACUGUGACGAGCUCCUGGCCGGCACGCUCACCCAGAUUCGCCUCAAGAAGGAACACGUCCAGCUGCAGCUUAAUCCGAAAAAACCAAAAGAUAAAAACAAAUUUAAAGAAAACACAAACAUAGAGACUGUAGAAACUGAUAACUGUCUGACUGAUCUUAAAGCCCACGAAGGGGGACCGAGGGAUGCCAAUUCGCCGGCGCACUGGUACAAGAGCCGCAGCGUGAUGCUGGCCAGCAUGAAGGCGCGCCAGAUGCUCACCUGGAUCCUGGGCAAGGAGGACUCCAAGUUCAAGCACUGCGAGAACCUGCAGGUGCUCUAAAAGGGGGGAAUCGAUCCAAUCUAUAGGUCUAUAUGCUUAGCGGCUAAGUGUGUUGAUACCUACGAGUAUAUGUGAAUAUGUGUAUAACCGGCGGGAGCAGGCAGAAAGCUUUAUCUCUAAGUGCUACCAGAUGGGCUCAUCUAAUAUGUAAACAGGUUUCGAGAUUUCGAAGCUCUCCAAUUCGCCUGUAAACAGCCAUUUGCAUACCCACGAGUGUGUGCAGCCAGCUAUUAGUAGUGUCUAACGUAAGCCUGAUAAUCAAAAAUUAAAUCAAAUUUAAUGUAAAACAUGGGGACGUAUGUAUAACGCUUGCAGCGACUAUGUGUAUGAGCAACUUAAUGGAACCAAGCAAAAGGAGCAAAUCCACAGAUUCUAACUAAACUUAACUAAACUAAACUAAACAGAGAACAACACUACUUAUGUACUUAACUAGCAACUUUAGUAACUUUUCUAAGCCAGGAGCGAGUAGGGGGAAUAUUUUUCAUAAGCUGGCUAGCGGCUUAGCUGUUUACAAGCAGAGUAAAGGUGUGCAAAAUGUUCCCAACAAACAGAUUUAUAUAUAUAUAUAUGUAACCGAAGAGUAACGAUUUUCGUAUAAGAUUUACAUAUAUAGAGUAUGUGUUAAAAUCGGGUUGCAGCACUUUGUUAUUUUCGUUUGCAGCAGCUUAGGGAAUUCUUACAGGGAGUUAGCUAGCUGCGUAGACACAUUUCAAAUAAUAA